CUCAUAUUUGAGUAAGCUACGAGAACUUGACUUGUAAGAGGAAAAAAAACAACAACUGAGUUUCAACAAUAUUAAUAAGCAAGUUUUCGAAUGUACUUGAACUCCAAAGUUAUCAAGAAAUUUGAGACCUGUUGUAGCCUGGCUCAGCUCAUUCAUCUUCUCCUGGAGAUACCUCAUUUUAAGGGAUCUUAGUCAGCUGGUGUUUGCAAUAGACCAACUUCUAUGUCUAACAAUAAAUCUUUAAAACAGAUGAAGAGAGAAUGAUUGAAGAAGAUCACCAUGAAAGUACAAGUACACCAGUUGAAAUUCUAGGAGAGUUCCUGUCUUCUGUGAUGACUCAGGAUUAUAAGAAUGCCUUGAAACACUGUCUGACAAUUUUGAAAUAUGAGCCUAACAAUAAGACUGCUCAGGAAUUUUAUCCACUUAUUGAAAAAAAACUCAAACUAGAAGUUGAACGAGAAGAACAUCACUACAGCUGGGAAGCAGAUGACGAUGAAGAUUCUACUGUUUCUGAAAGCUCAAAUGAUCACUUUUCAAGUGCAAGAAGUGGAGAUAGUGAUAGUUUCAUGUCAAGGUAUGUAUGAAUAACAGA